AUGCAUUUCCGUCGAUUCAUUUUCUUCAUCUUCCUCGUCCUCAACCUCUACUGUCCCUGUCAGGCACAGUCAUCAUCGAUAGAGAUCGAUGAUCGCCUCUCCGUCAGACUCUCUUCCCCGUUCUCAAUCGCACUUGAAACCCUCCAGGGACUAAUCGAAUAUAAUUUUACGGACAUCGGUCUGCUACGACGCGCGAUGACUCACUCUUCGUACUCGGAAGAGAACAACAGAGCUCUGAGCAUUUUGGGCGAGAGUGUGAUCGAGACUUGGGUUUCGCUUCGGCAACUGACCAAAGACAUUGACGUUUCGCCGCAAGAUCUGAACACUCUGAUAUCGGAGGUAUCGGAAGUGGAGACGUCGUGCGCCGUUGAUGGAAUGAAGUUGAAGUUGCAGAACAUAGUUAGGGUUUCGCCGAAAACUGAUCCGUCGACUCCAUCGGUGGUUUGUGGUGCUUUCCGGGCGAUGUUUGGGGCUAUUGCGGUGGAUACAGGAAAGGCAGAUGUGGGUGGGAGCAAAUUCGGAAGUGUUCAUGAGAAAUUUGGAAGAGCUCGUGCAGUGUGA